GAAAGGAGACUAAAUGGAUAAAAAGAUUGACGAUGCAAGGAAUACAUUUUUUCCACGUUCGGUUUAAUUUCAAUUGUAUUUCUUUUCGGUAGAAAUGUCUAUCUCAAUGUUGCUUAUGAGUGAAAAGCGUGAACUCUUAUCAAAAAACUUACGCACACACGCGGGCUUUUCUCUUAGAAAUAAAUUUACCGAGUGCGUUUACGAGUUGUCGUCGUGAAAGCUUUCUGGGACUGAAUCCUUUGAGGAAAGCUUUAGACAACAAACCAUGAGAGGAAGAGAGUUAAUUAUCAAAUUGCAAGGUAAAGCGAAAUACCAAAGAAAAGUUCCUCUGUGUUUAUAGAGCCAGUAUAAACAUAAAAGAGAUCACUGGAUAAAACGAACAUGAUAAUUAUAUAUAUCGAUACUCGUUUAACACACCUAUCGAAAACAUUCACCUUUAGCAAUAAAUAAAAUAAAAUAAAACUUCGUUCAAUGAAAUAAGAAUAAAGAAUGAAGCAGUAAUAACAUAUAACGCUCAAAUACCACUAUAAAUUAAAUUAAAAGUUCAUAUAGGACCGAUAUAUUGAAUCGAGACAGAAAGAAGAAGCGUAUCUUGAGAAACAUUUCGAAAAUAGAGAAUAACGAAAACAUUGUAAAUAACUCCAUUCACUAUUGUAGAAGCUGACCAUUUAUUUAUAACUUAGAUCGUUCACCUCAAGAAUUUUGUUGACACGUACGAAUAGAAACAACUCCAUUGCACGAUGAGAAACGAGUGCCGGUUCGGUCCAUCCUAUUUUUCUUCCACUACGGAAGAUUAAAAAUUUAUAACAUGGGACAUUCCCUUACAGUACCUUCCUUCCUUCUUUUCUAUUUUCUACUAUCUUCUCCCUAGAACCAGUAUAAAUAAAGAAGAAAAAAGAUCUAUAGAAACGUUGCCAACGUCGGACAUUGAUACGAGCAUAAUGAAACGUUAUAAUAAAACGAUUUGCAAGCUUCAACUGAUGCAAUAUGCAAGUCAUUAAAUGCAAAAGGAUGUAUCUACCAAAUGCAAAUAUCGAUUGGUCACGCACUUGCAUAUCAGCAGUAGUGGCACAGCCGUACAAUAACAGUAUCAAUCCAGCAGCCACAAACAGGCUCAGAGUCGGCCGACAAAAUGAAAUCAUAAGGCGGUACAUGUGUCCUAUAGGAUUCUUCCGAUUGAAAAGAUAUUGCUAUUACUUAAGCGGAGGUACAGCACCUUGGAGAGAGGCCUAUUUUCACUGCAAAGAUAGAAACGCCACUCUAGCGAUUCUCGAUAGAAAUGGUAAAGAUCGAAUGCUAAGGAAAUACUUGUCGAGCGAUCAAUUCACGAAAUUAGAGAGAUGGAUCGGUGGAAUAUACAAUUGGCAGCAAAUGGCUUGGGAAUGGGGAGUGACCGGGGAGAAAGUGGUGUUCCAAAAUUUUGGUUUGCCUCAAUCUAACCACUCUAAACAACAAUAUGCAUGGCACUGCAUCACGAUCGAUCCCACGUUAAGGUAUAAAUGGAGCCCACGAAGUUGCGUCGAACGAAAACACUACGUGUGCGAAGUGCCAGCUGGACGUAUAGUUAGAAGACGUAAAAAAACGGUAGAUCCCUACGCACCGCAAAACCAAAGAUUGAAACCUCGAAAGAAGAGCAAGAAGUACUCGAAAGAACAGAAAAAAUCAAACAAACAGAACAAAAAACGAAGUGGAUGGAGAAAGAAGCACGCGGAACAAUAUUCAGAUUGGGCGCAUGGUGUGAAUGUAGGUUCAAGGCCACCUAGCGUUAAAGGAUUGUACCCGAGGACAAGAAUGCGACAUCACUCGAACAGAACUCAACUGAAUUAUCCACAAGUGGCACAGAUUUUGCCUCAAGGACGAGAAUAUAGUGCAUUCGCACCUGAUACGCCCAGUAACGGUCCACAAAGUCUAACAGCCAUAAACAACAUUUUGCCACAAAUCCCUAGCAAAAUGAACAACCUAGCGAGCGAAGAAGUUAUUUUAAAGCCAUAAACAAAACGCUAUUUAUUUUAACUCUUUGUUUGGUUGCUUUAAUCAUCGAUCAUUAUUGUUCUAAAGGAUCAUUUUGUAUCUACGUUUCACACUUUCUUCCAUCCUACAUUUUGCUAGAAAUUUAAGUAAUCGAGACUUUCAUUCGGCCAAAUAAAGAGUUAUAAUUUUCGUUUCGUUUCGUUUCGAAUUUGUGGAUGAUAAAGUUAUUUAGGCGCUACUAAAGUCGAGCAUAGACUGAGAUAUAAUUUAUUCGGCUCAAAACAGUCUCUUCUUAUGUUCCUCUCUUUCUAAAUAGACGUUAGAUUCUUGAAGAUGUACUUGUCUAGUUAAUAACGUUACCUCGAAUCGGUAGAGUAAUAACUUCAAUGUUCGUGUAUCGUGUACGAUGUGUGUUUAGAUUUCAUUUUGUAUUUUUUUAUUUAAUUAAUCUGCAUGAAACGCGGAUCGUCCAUUAGCGAGCUAUAUUUGCAAUGUUAGUUUUUGCUUGUCGCUAAGUAUUACGGCAUUCGAAGGCAUUUAUACGAAGAAACAAAUUAUAAAACGCAAAACUACAAUGAAAUAUAAGAUAGAAUUAUCUAAUUGCAAAUGUACUUUUUAAAAAUUUAUUUUAAUUAAUAACUUGUUGUAGAAAAAUUAUUUAUUCAACGUCUUUUUUUAAUUUAUUUUUCGUUAUUAAAAAAUGAUUCUUAAAGAAAUAAGUUCUAAAAUAUUUCUUGAAUGAAUGCCUUCGGUUUAUUGUAGCGCGAGAAAGCACUUUAAAACUAUGGAUUUAUUUUUUGCGCUAACUAAAUGUUUAAAACCAUAGUGCAAUCAUAGCAGCAGAUAAUAUAUCACAAAUAGUCAAACUGCUUAAAUAUCGAUAAUUGUAUGUUGACUAUACCUAAAUUUUCAGACAUACGUAUAUCACUACCAAUGGAUAAUGCACUGACUGCAUAUCAAUGUUAGUCGAAAAAUAUCAGAAAAAAAUAUAUAUGCAUAUAAUAUUUGAUGUUUAUCUAGAACGCAUUAUUUAGUAUAUGUUAUCAGUAUAUAUCGAUAUAAAUUUCCCAAGACUUUUAUUUUUUAUGCUUUAAUUUAAUGAUAUUGUAUAUACAUAUAAGUACCGCUAGAAUAAAACCUUUUUACGGCCGGAACGUUUCAGGAUUUAUAAGUUGAUAAAAAAGAUUAUACGUUUAAUUAUAAGCUAAGUGAUUCGAAAAAUAUUGUGUGAUGUACUUAAACAUUUAUAUUUACGUACAUUACAUUCUUAUUUACAUGUUAAUCUGUAUUCGUACAAUGUUACUUCAAAAUUAAAAAAACCCAUUCGCCAUUAAAUUGUAUAAUACUUGAAACUCCACGAUUAAUUCGUGAAGAAUUAAGUUUUGUUUAUAAAAUACCCAAAUUAUUGAAACAUAUCUUCUACAUUUAACACGAUGUACAUUACGUCAAUAAAGAUUCUAUGUCAAAUCA